AGGUAAGUUGUAGAGUGGAGUGCAGGCAGCGGACGACACGAAUGUUUAUGUAUAGUACACUGUCAAAAGGACCCUCAUCACUUUACCGUCAUACACCCAACAAAUGACAUGACAUCAGAAAUAUCAGAAUCAGGGCUCAAUGAAAUAAUUUUGAAGCGUUCUGUGUAUGGAAGUAUUUAAGGACUUGUAAUGUCAGCGUGUGCGGCGCCGUUCGUGAUCCUGAUGGAAAAUUAGAGUAGUUUAACCCGGCGCCACGGCUCAGUGUAGCUGGGAAACUGACACCUGAUUUGUUGAUCCUGGAAGGUUAGAAUAAGACUAAGUUAUCUCUUCACUUUUAUUCCUUUACCACCAUUCCAAAUUAGAAUGGCUUUGAAAACAGUUGCUGUUAUUGUUGUCGUUGUAGCCGUGGCUGUCAUGUACCUUCAUGAAUAUCAUCGUGAGAAAAUUACUCUAAUUAAUGACAUUCCAUUUGUUAAGAAUUCUUUAGUUAAAGUUCAUGACAUUAUAAUUAAUUUAAGUCGUAUCCUGUCAUCAUCUAAAUUUGAGCGUGGGGUAGAAAAUGAAGGGGAACGACUCUAUUCAGUAACUGAAUUGUCGAAGUACAACGGUGAAGACGGUAGUCCAACUAUAUACUUGGCAGUGUUAGGCAAAGUGUUUGAUGUCUCCAGAGGUGCAAAGCAUUAUGGACCAGGUGGAAGCUAUCAUGCAUUUGCCGGUCGUGAUGCAUCAAGAGCAUUUUUUACUGGAGAUUUCAGUGAAAAUGGGAUUACUGAUGAUGUAUUAGGGCUUUCUCCAGAUGAUCUUAAAAGUAUUCAGGACUGGUCUCUAUUUUAUAACAAAGAAUACACAUACAAAGGAAAGUUGAUUGGUCGAUAUUAUAAUGCCAAUGGAGAGAUAACUGAUUAUUACAAUGAAGUGAAGGGUUUGAUCAAGCAGGCAGAAGAGAAGAGUGCUGCUCAAAAUACAGAAUAUUUACAAUUUCCUCCCUGCAAUGUUGAGUGGACCCCUGAAAGUGGAAGUAAAGUCUGGUGCAGUAAUCGUAGUGGUGGCAUAGAGCGGGAUUGGGCAGGUGUACCGAGGAAGUAUUAUAAACCUGGGUCUGAUUCUUACCGCUGUGCUUGCAUCAAGUAUGCAGAUGAAAUUAAAGUUCUCCCGCGUGAGCAAAGAAAGGGCAAUAUUGAAGAAUACGAUGGUUGUGCUUCUUCUUCUGAUUCAUGUUAUGUUAAAGAUUAAGAAUGUAACCUCAUCCAUUCUGUUAACCUAAUAAAAACUCUUGAGUUGAAAGACUUCAAUUAUA